UCCGGUUGCCGAGGCCGAGGCCGCGGUCGGGACAGCGGGCCAGGGUAGGCCAUGGCCGUCAGUCAGCUGGAGCCCGGCGCCGUCGCCGAGCGGCCAUUGCACGGCUCUCUGGUCACCUCCAACCUGAGUGUCCCGCUUGGCACCGCUGACGGUCCCCGCGGCUGCGAGAAUGGCGCCCUGAUGGGCAACUUCGGCAUGUUCAUCCAAGGCUUACUCGGAGUGGUGGCCUUCAGCCUGCUGAUGCUGAAACGUUUUCGAGAACCAAAGUAUGAGAGGCGACCGUGGAAGAUAUGGUUUUUAGAUACCUCAAAGCAGGCUAUUGGCAUGCUGUUUAUCCACUUUGCCAACGUCUACUUGUCCGACUUGACUGAAGAGGACCCAUGUUCAUUGUAUCUAAUUAAUUUUCUUCUGGAUGCCACUCUUGGUAUGCUCCUGAUCUAUGCUGGAGUGCGAACUGUAGGUGUCCUAGUUGAAUGCCAACAUUGGGAUUCUCUUCGUUUUGGAGAGUAUGGAGACCCACUGGAAUGCAGUGCCUGGAUUGGACAGUGCGCACUUUACUUACUGAUUAUGAUGUUGGAGAAGACUGUGGUGAUUAUCGUGCUGCUUUUACCUCAGUGGAGGAAGGUGGCUCUACUUAAUCCAAUCCAGAAUCCGCAGUUGGAGCUGGCUAUUGUGAUGCUGAUUGUCCCUUUUUUUGUCAAUGCAUUAAUGUUUUGGGUGGUGGAUAAUUUUCUAAUGAGGAAAGGCAAAACUAAAGCUAAACUGGAAGAAGAAGGUGGCGAGGAUGAUUCUAGAAGUAGCAACAAAGUUAGAUACAGAAGAGCAGCAUCACACGAGGAGUCUGAGUCUGAGAUUCUCAUUUCGCCAGAUGAUGAGUUGGACGAAUCUGAAGGAGAUGAAGACUUGAGGAGAUUGGCAAACGUAAAGGCCGUUAAGAAGAAGUUGCGGUUUGGGGUUCUCCCAGUAUGACCCAGAAUGACCACAGACCGCUAGUCCUUGGAGUUAUGAGGAGAAUCAUGCCAAUGCAGACGGAAUAUUUUCCUUGCUGCAAACUACACUGUGAAAGUGAGCUUUGUACAAUAUGUGGAGCAGCACCGGGAUCGGAAAGAAGAUUAGGGCGAGGCUGAGGUGCUUUGUGCUUGUGGUCUCAGCUCCCCUCUUUGCACUGAUACCAAACAUUCCUGAUCAAUGUUACCUAUUAUUUGCACAUGGAUGAUGUUCAGGGCCGUUGGGUGCAGGAGAACAGAUUUCUUUCAGCACGUCAAGUUUUGAUCCCUUGUUGUAAGUUAUUAAAUAUGUCGCUCAGUCUGUUUGUACCUUUAAUAUAUUGACCAAAAACUCUGAAUUUUCAACUCUGAAAGUCGACAAAUAACAACUCUUUUUUUUCAGCACAACAUGAUUGCGUUGGAGAUCUGUUAACACGUGACAAAUUGGCAAUUACCAAAUUGAAAAUGCUGGAACAACAGAUGGAAGGGCAAGAAUCUAGCACCUUAAUUUUAACCUCAUUGAUCCAAUUUUCCCUUCUUGCCCUGUAUCCUCCAUCCAUUCUCACACCUUCUUCCCCGCUCACUCAUUUUUUCAUCUCUCUGCUCCCCGCCCCUCCCUCCUGUUGUCUUUUCAAACUUGCCCACCCAUUUGGACCAUAUCCUUUUGUCUCUCCUUUUUAAACAUGUAUGUUAGCAGUUGAGAUUAUUUUGCUUUAUUUGUGAAGUGUUUCACAUCUCCGAUGGGUAGGAGGCUAGUCAGUUGCAACAAUUCUCACAUUGGUGGAAAAAAAUAAUUACAGGACAAUUGCCCAUCACUGUCUGACACUUGAAAUGUUCUCAUGUAAUUCAAAUAAGUGAAGAAGGGUCCCUACCCACAACAUCGCCUAUUCAUUCCCUCCACAGAUGCUGCCUGGCAUUUUAUGUUUGACUCAAAAUUGCAACAUCUGCAGUUCCGUGUUUCUCUGUUCUCAAGUAAUUCCCUGGUUCUACUUCAUCACCUGCUUCAACAGAACAAAUAUAUUUCAAUUCAUUGGUGACAGUUUAUUGAAGCUUCUUGUUCAAUAUUAAGAUCUGAAUGUGUAUGAUUUUCAUUUGAAAAAAACUUUGACAGAAACAUUCCUAUCUACAUUUUGUGUGGGAGAUUUGGGAGGUACAACUGUUGCACAGUUCAAAUGACAAUUAAGAUGGUGUUGAGACACCUUUUAGAAUGGAGAUUGUACUACCUGGUUUAUACGUGUCCUGAGUGAGUUUUAUGGGAUAAUGUAAGAGAGCAGAUAUCUGAAUCUAAUCUGUGUUGACCCUGCCCUUGGAGUAGUUGAUGAUGUUGCUGGGCACAUGAAUUGAUAAAUAUUCCAUUCCCAUCAUUGAUGUCACUCACCUUCAGAAUAUUACUUUACUUGUACAUAGAAAGAGAAUUUCAACAAGACCGUUAUUUCUGGUAAAGUAUAAUGAUUUUGAUAAUGAAUGGUUUGAACAAAUUGUAUUCAUUAGCUUAUUAACAACUGUAUUGCAUUUGAGGAGGACAGGUCUGUGGAUUGCAGUGUGCACCCUUUAUACUGAAUCUGUUACCAACUACUUAUUCUGCACUGAAUGAUCUCCCACCACUCCCCAUUGCCAGACUUGAAAUAAACCUUAAUGAACUAGAAUAUAUUUUUCAUGUAAGUGAAAAAUUAACAUAGCACAUUGAAAAGCACAGCACGGGAAAAGGCCCUUCGGCUCGCAAUGUUUGUGCAGAACAUGAUGCCUACUUAAACCAAUCUCCUCUACCUGCAUAUUCUCCAUUACCCUCCAUUACCUGCAUAUCCAUUUGCCUAUCUAGUCUCUUAAAUGGCACUGUUGCACCAGCACCCUUUGGAAGUGAGUUCCAGGCGUCCACCACUGUGUGUAAAACAAACUUACCCCCUCUGAUCUUGAACCUACGCCCUCUUGUUUUUGACAUUUGCACCAUGGGCGAAAGAUUCUGACUGUCAAACCCUUUCUAUGCCUCUCAUUUUGUAUACUUCGAUGAGCUCUCCCCUCAAUCUUUUAUACUAUAAAAAAAACAAUCCAAGUUUGUCCAACCUUUUCUUAUAGAUUAUACCCUCUAAUCCAGGCAGCAUUCUGGAAAACCUACUGUGCAGUCACUUCAAAGCCUCCAUAUUCUUCCUGCAAUGGGGCAACCACAACUGCACACAAUACUCAACACGUUUUCAAAAUAGUAAACUGAAGCUUUCACUUGAAUUUAAAUUAUUGAUGUAAUUUGGAGGUUGAAUGGUAGAAGGACAUCAGGUUUACCUAUUUGGAAUUGCGGUUGAAACUAAAGCUGUGUAUCAAAGACAAGCUGCUGCUGCUGAGCCAAGUUAGAGAUGAUUUGUGGCUCUUUCUCAAGUUUUAGGGUCACAGAACAAAUUGGCAAAGACACAGGCCCUUCAGCCCACUAGUCCAGGCCAACCGAGGGAUUGUUGCCGUGUGUAUUGGAAGGAGGAUUCUAUGGUCCAAGGGAGGGCGGAGGGAAUACUGGGGAGGGAGGAGACUGGAUAAGAGCAAUUAUGAAAGCAAAAGCUGGUGAUGGGGAGAUAGAAGAUUGAUUUUGGGGGAAAUGAAGGGAAUGUAGCAGAGAUGGGAGAGGAUCAGGGAAUGACAAUACAGGCUUUAUAGGAGAAGUUUGAUGUGAAGGAGGGAGGUUGAAGUGGGAGGAAGAACAGGCACUGCAGAGCUGCUGCGCAGAUAACUGAAGAAACAGUGUUGAAUGGAGUUGCUGUGCAGUUGUGGAGAGUUAGGUCAGCAGUGGUGCGGGUGGAGAUGGGAUGAGCUCAGAGGUGGAGUGAUAGGGGUUUGAUUGGAAACUACGUUGUGCAUAGUUAGGACUGCUAACAAUGUGUUUGAUCCAUUUCAUAGUUCCUUAAACAUAGAAGGAGGCCCUUCAGCACAUUGAAUCUUUGCCACAAAAAGCUGGAGUAACUCAGCCGGACAGGCAGCAUCUCUGGACCUUCUCUCCAGAGAUGCUGCCUGUCCUGCUGAGUUACUCCAGCUUUUUGUGUCUAUCUUCAGUUUAAACCAGCAGUUAUCUGCAGUUCCUUCCUAUACAUUGAAUCUUUGCCAGUUCAGCGGUCUCAUUCCUUCACUAAUUUACCUGUAACCUGUUCUCCCAAUAUCACCAUCAACUUCCCUUAGAUUCCGCAACACAUGGAGCAAUUUGCAGUGGUCUCCUAGACCCUCCUAGGAGCAAGAAGAACAUGCGAGCACCACAUAGACAACACUGAACCAAGGUCACUGACGCUAUCAGGCAGCAGCUUCACUAGCUGCACACAACACUGCACAACCACUUUCCUUAUGUAACCAAUUUUGGUUGUUCACUAAUAAAAUGGAGAGUUGUUCAUUUUACUAGUGAAAGCUAAAAUUGUUAGAGAACAUAUCCUGGUGUUUGCAUUUUUCAAUAUUGCAAUAAACUAAGCAGCAAAGUAAUCUAUUAUUUUGGCGGGGUUUACAUUUAAAUCUGUAGUUAUUAUUUACUUUGGUAUUUCAUAGUAUGACCUGCUUGAACAAUAAGAUAAUACUAAUUUUCACUAUGUUCUCUCUCCAUAUAGGUGUAAAUUAACAAAACAUUGCCCUGGAUUAUUACUGAUCUUAAAGCUGUCCUUUAGCUGAAUUUUAAGUUUGAGAAUUUGAGAAGGUGAUAUAGACUUGAAUUGUUUUAAAGUGAAUAUGAGGUACAUACUAUUUUCUUUAGAAAUGUCUUCUAAUUAUUUAAAAUUGUACAAUCUCCAUGUACCAGUUCUCAGCAUAGCGACAGAUCUUUUCCAAACUGAUCAGUUGAAGUAGAGCAAACUAAGAGUUGGAAUUGCAUGAAGUCGCUACAGCUCUGUUGCAGUCAUUGCCAGGGUACCAAUCAAUGCUAUUCUCAGCUGUUCUCAAUCUAUCUCAUGUAGCAGAAUGUUAGACUACACAUCAGAGGGUCCUCACUCCAGUGGCAUGUUUUCUCCCCACAGUUUGUGUACCAGUCACUUUUGGGGAUAUUAUUGUGGGCAGAUGCAUCUGACCCGUAGUUUAUGGACUGCAAGUUGACGUGGGUUUUCUCAUCAUUGUUCUCACUACCAACCUGACCCCAGCCUGGCAGAGCUCAGCCAGUCAUGUUACUGAGCCACUCCUUGUAAUGAACACUGAAGUUCCUCACUCAGUUUAUGUCCCAUGCCUUGCUAUUCAUAAUUCUUCUAAGUUGCACCAAUUAUGGAAGAGUUGCUUGCUCAUCAGUUGAGCAAGGAUAAUAGUUAGUCAUAAGCAGGAUUCAUUGCCCUUGUUUGAUCUGGAGAGUGAAUUGGUAUGUAUAGGUCCAGCAGGCCAACACACACCCUCUAGCUUAGUCACAUCCUACACUAUGCUGACCAGAACUGCACACAAUAUUCCACGUGCCGUCUCACUCUCAUCUCGUACAAUUGUAACGUUGCCCUGACUCUUGUACUCGGUGCCCUGACCAAUGAAGACAAGUGUGCCAAACACCUUCUUCACCACCUAUGUUGCCAGUUUCAGGCAACCAUGACGGGCACUGCCUGACUUGCAUAAUAGACAAACUUAUGUAAGCAAGUCUUGAAGCCCACUGUUUUAUUUUCAAGUUGCAAGUCUCGGGAGCAAAGGGCUACUGCCGUCGCAUGCGGCCAUUUCCGCAAGUUAUUUAGUCGGCUGUUCUUGCGGAUGCUCCCAUGUGGUCUCUGCGUUGAGAAGUACAUUUAUGCGUGUGAAGUAGCACUUCCAUUUCCCACUUGGGAUGCAACCCUUAGUGAGUUGGGGAGCAUCUAUACUUGCAUCCCUCGGGUUCUGUUCUACAACAUGUUCUAGGGACCUGACAUUCAGUGUAUAUCCUGCUCUGGUUUAACUUCCAAAAACUUCAUCUGCCAUUCCCUCCGCCUACUUUCCCAACCAAUCCUGUAUAGACUUUCAGUUCAGUAAAUUGUGUUUUGUGCUUCCUUUCCAUAGAUGAGAUUAGCAGGUAAACAAAUAUUGGAGGUAUACUUUAUGCAAGAUUAUGCCUCAAAUUUAGGCAGCAUUUUUAUCUUAUUGAAGGAUUUAACAACAGCUGUUAAAGGCUGUCGGUGUAAUUGGUAACAGAAUGGCCACAACAGGUAUAACUGGAUUUAGAUGUUUUAUUGCUUGGUACUAAUAUAUUCAAUUGGGUCGUCCGUCAUUCCUCUAGUAUGGUUUAUAUACUGCAGAAACUCCUGAAUCAGUGAAACACUUCAGAAGAAUCAGCAAAAUGCCACUUUGGCAAUCAGGAAGAGUUAAUUAUAUUUGAAAAUGUCUGGGAGUUGAGUAUAAGCUGUAUGUACCUUGUAUUUUACUUUAUAUUAAAGUAUUGGGAAUUUCAGAACUA